CACCAGGCUGGAGCUCUUUCCUGUGGCGUCCCCCAGGAGCUAGUCUGGUCCCCGCCGCCUCCGGCCAGUGGUUGGUGCGGAUUUAGGGGUGGAGAAGGUGUAAGAAGUGUAGGGAGCAGGUAGAGAGCGCUCUAGCCUCAGCCUCUAAGGACUGCAGCUACAGCGGCCGCAGCCAACCACGCAGGGCCAGGUUCCGCCUCUUUUUCCCUCCUCCCAUCGGCUCCCCUCGAGUUAUGUCAUCGUGAAGCUAGAGGGAGAGACAGAGAGACAAGGAGCGCUUUGGCUUGGAAAGGCUGUGUGCGAGGCUCUCCUGGAUCGGUCCCUUAUCCCUGGCCGCAUUGUGUCUUGGCGGGUGCCCACUAAGGAACCGCGCCAGUCACACUUCUCCCAGAAAUCCUCCUUUGUCUCGCCACUUUUUCCUUCGGAAUUCCAAUUUUUCUGGGUGGCUCGUUGAGAACAGGGUAUUGCACCGUUUUGCCUUCUUGCUGGAACACUACCAUUGGCGAGGAGAAAGCCGGCCGGCCGGCCAGUCUCCUCUUGUCACCGAGGUGUGGGGAAACAAUUUGGGGCGGAGAGGGAGGAGGGGGGCCGCGGAUCUUUCCCGGCUCCCCCGGUGGACGCCUGCAAAGCUGCCUGGACACAAGGAGGAGACGGGAAUCGCCGGCCGGACCAUACCGGGUUCGUACAUCCCAGAGGACUGGGAUCGAGGAAGAGAUCUCUAUACAAGGACGUUCAGGGGGGCUCUGUCCGCGCGGCGCUGAAGUGCCGUUUGCGCCCCUGGGGGCCAGGCUUCCCUCUCCCAGUUCCCGGAGCACCCCGCGUGGGCUCCCCUUUAUCCCCUUUGCUUCCUCGUCCGCGGGAGAGAGCCCAAUGCCGCCUCAGCAGGGGGAAGCGGAGUACAUCAGCAAGCCAGUGCCGGGCUGCUGCAGCUGCGAGGUGCCUCCGGUGCCCCCGCGCCGGGUGCGCAGCAGCCGGGGCGCAGCAGCCGCCGCCCUUGGAGCAGCCCUGGGGAACCGCUGCCGGGCUGGGGGCGCGGAGCGGCGGAGCAUCAAGUGCGUGCUGGUCGGGGACGGCGCGGUGGGGAAGACGAGUUUGGUGGUGAGCUACACCACGAAUGGGUACCCCACGGAGUACAUCCCUACCGCCUUCGACAACUUCUCGGCUGUUGUAUCUGUGGAUGGCAAGCCGGUGAGACUGCAGCUCUGUGACACAGCAGGCCAGGAUGAGUUUGACAAACUUAGGCCUCUGUGCUAUACCAACACGGACAUCUUUUUGCUGUGCUUCAGCGUUGUAAGCCCUUCAUCGUUUCAAAAUGUGAGUGAAAAAUGGGUCCCAGAGAUUCGCUGUCACUGCCCCAAAGCUCCCAUCAUUCUGGUUGGCACACAGUCAGACCUACGAGAGGAUGUGAAAGUCCUUAUUGAACUGGACAAGUGCAAGGAGAAGCCAGUGGCAGAGGAGGCUGCUAAGCUGUGUGCAGAGGAGAUCAAAGCUGCCUCUUACAUUGAGUGCUCUGCCUUGACUCAGAAAAACCUCAAAGAGGUCUUUGAUGCAGCCAUCGUGGCUGGCAUUCAGCACUCGGACACUCAACAGCAACCAAAGAAAUCCAAGAACAGGACUCCAGACAAAAUGAAAAAUAUUUCCAAAUCUUGGUGGAAGAAAUAUUGCUGUUUGGUAUAAUGCUGCUGGCCAGGAACUCAGAAAAGGCUAUUUUUAAAAGAAAUACAAUUUAGAAGCUAUAUUAGCUUAAAUGACUUUUCCUUUUACUGUAUAGAAAAUAUGUAUGUAUAUAUGUAUAUAUGUAUGUAAAAAUACAUGUCACUGUGGGGAGAGCUCAAUUUAUGUUCUUUGUUUUCUUUCUUUUCAAUUUCUUGGUGAGCUAAGAGGGCAGACAUACUUUUAUGCAAAUGAUUUUUUAAGUGGAUUAAGAAUUUUCCUGCAAUCUGGUCAUUUAAAGCCCCAUUGCACAUCAUGAGAAGACACUCCAGACCUAGAUAAAGAUAGUGGAGUCUUGUUUUAUUUUAAUAUAGAGGUGGACAAAGGGGUAUGAUAGUUUAUGGGAAGAAGAAGAAGAAACCUUGACUUGAUUUAAGGCUAUUAAAUGACACAGUGGACUGUGAACAAAGGGCCAUCAGUGAGCAUUUGUAUCUCCUUGAAACAUAGUGCCUGCUAAAGAACAACAUUUUAAGCCUUAGAACUCCAUGCAAACUGCACUUUCACUAAAAACAAACAAAACAACAAACUAAGGAAACUUGCAAAGGCUUAUGUGUGUACAUCCUCAAAGUAAUUGGUCACUUCAGUUAUUUCAAUCAAGGGUAAGUGCCUGGUUAAUUCAACGGGCAGGAAAGUCCAUCCAGGUGGUUAUUUGGCAUUGGUAGCCCCCUCCCAAAUUCAUGAUUUUUAAAAAAAUCAUACUUAAAUCAGGUGUGGGCAUUGGGUAGAGCUGGGUCGAAUGACAUGGAUGUUGUUGAGUCUAUUGGAAUGUCUCCUCCAUUUGGUUUUAGGGAAUGACCAUAUUAAUGGGAGCAAAAUAUGGUCAUUAACUUCCUGACUCCUGGCCCAAAGGUCUCCUCUUUAGGGUCUAGAAUGUGUGCCCCAAAAUGCCUCUUUCCCGCUUUGUUCUAACUCCCAGGGCAGGACAGACACUCUUUUCCGUGUGUCUUAAGAGCUUGCAUGGCUAAUUUGUACCAUCUGUAAGGCAUGGGAAUGCUCUUUUGAAGGGAGGUAGCAAAUGUUUGUGUGACACAAUGUAGCUUUUUUUAAAGUCAGCCAAUAUGUGCUCCUCAAUGUUUUCCCUUUACAUAACGGCUGUUUAUGCUGCUGAUUUAACUUUAAAAAGAAAUGAAUGAGAAAUAAAGGAUGCUACAAUUACUGGGUUUUCAGGGAAAGGCCUGCCUUUUUCCUCAUUUGAAAGCUUUAUAUAUAUAUAUAUAUAU